GGGCUACAGGCGGAAGCGCUGUGUGCGUUUCUGUUUCUGUACGGGAGCGUGCGGCCCUGGUGCUCGCGCGUAACAACUAGAGAGCUGCCAAUUCUUUGGAGUUCAUAACUACUUAUCAAAUAAACUAGUUGGUUAAACAACAGCGGGCUUGUUUGACCAGAAAUGGGAUCCAACAACAGCACGCGCCGCGUGUCUUUUGAGUCGGAUGAGAAUGAGAACAUAACGAUAGUGAAGGGCAUAAGGCUCUCAGAGAAGGUCAUCGACCGCAUGAGGGAACCCUCCGGCCCACCACAGCCCCCCACCAGAGCCCCUCCAGCUUCUCCUCCCAUGGUUGAUCCUCUGCCAGCACUGGUGCCAAUAUCUCCUCCACCUGACCCUGUCACUCCCCUUCCAUCUUCUUCCUUGCCAGAGCGAGUCAAACUCCCUGAGCAAGUGAAAGCUACUGCACCUCCUCCAGAGCCGCUCAUUCUCCCCCCACCUCCUCCCGUAGCGACAGCACCAGCUGAAUCAGUGGGUGCUGUAUCAGCCCCUGCAGCUGAAUUUGUCGCUCCUGUCGCUGAAACUAUCCCACAGCCUUCUCCGCCUGUAGAAAAACCUGUGUCUUCUUCGCCAGCACCUGCUCCCGCCGUGUAUGAGUCUGAACUGAGAAGAAAGAUCGCUGAAGAGUUGCAGAAAAACCUGGAGGAAGAGAGGAGAAAGGCACGGGAGGAGCUCAGGCAACGGCUGGAAAAAGAAAAGUCCCAGGCUCAUGCUGAGGCCCAGGCAGAAGCUCAAGCCCAGGUAAAGGACGAGGUGAGCAGGAUCCUUGCAUUAGAGAAAGAGCAGAGCAUCAAGAAAGCCAUACUGAGAGAAAGAAUCACAACCGAGGAUGAAAGACUGCAAGCUCAGAUAUAUGCUAGACAGUUAGAGGAGAGAGAUAAAGAGCUCCGGAAGCAGGACGCCUUCUACAGAGAACAAUUGGCCAAGCUAAAGGAAAGGAGUGCCCAGUUCUACAAGGUUACAAAUGAAAACCAUCAAAAGGCAGCAGACGAGGUCAACGCCAAGUUUAAGCGGUAUGAAAUUAGUCCAGUGUGCACCGACCUUCAGGGCCAGAUUCUGAAGUGCUACAGAGAAAAUGCUGGAAAAAGUCUGCUGUGCUCCAACAUCGCCUCUCAAUACAUGCAGUGUGUCAACAGUGCAAAACAGGACAAGUUGAGGACUGGAGGUUAAGUCUCUGGGCAGGAAGAGUGGGAGACCUGUUUGUAUCAGUGAUCUCACCGUUUAUCGACUGUUGCCAAGGAAAGACACCACCCAAAGACACACCUGAGCAGAGCUGAAGCAGAAUCUGCAGUCAAUUGAGAGCUAGAUACCCUUGAACCUUGCCCUUUUUCCUAUACCACUUUUACCUUUCUAUCUCCUUCCUGUUAUUUCACCUUUAUCCAGUAAAAGGGAAACUGGCAUCCAUUUCUCAAAUGGACAGAAUCCGUAAGCAGCGGCGAUCAUACAGUAGGUGGAACUCAAAGGUCCUGAGCACCUGAACCAGAAAAUGCACCAUUUUUUGGUUCUCAAAGGAUAGCACACAGUGAAGAGAACCUAACUAGACCACAAAUAUUGGCCGCACUAGGCCAUUCUAGACCCAACCACAGUAGAAUCCCAGAACUCUGAGUUGGUCUGGUUGUGUAGUGUCAUCAUACCUGUGAUCCACCCUGCUAACCCACCACAAUCACACUUCCCAUUGCACUAGUCACAUCCUUCAGCUGUUCGUUGUGUUUUUGCGUGUGAUGUUCAUUACCGUUUUUUGUCUCGUCGUUCACACAAAAAGGUCAGGCCUGUUCACCUGGUCUGCUUUAAAGAAUAAACUAUUCAAACCCUAA